AUGCAGGUGGCUUAUAGAAAUGAAAGUUUUAAACCCGAAGAAGUUGGGAAAAACUAUUCGAUGGAUAUUGGUCCAUCUAACGGUCCUUCGAAUCAGCUUCGUAGUGCUUGCUUCAAGGGAAGAUUGGAUAUCGUCAAGCAGCAACUGGCAAAAAAUCCCAGAUUAGUAUGCAAAAAAGACGAGCACGAUAUGACGCCGCUACACAUUGCGACCAUUUGUGACAAUGCUGACAUCGUUAACGAGUUGAUAAAACAUAGAAGCGUAUCACUCGCAGCAAACAACCGGGAGGAAACACCACUGCAUAUGGCAGCAGCUGAAGGACGUCUCAAGAUUGUGGAGUAUCUGAUGAGAAAGGCCGGUUCUGAUGGAGAGUUAGAGACAUUGUUGUCAUCAAAGGAUGGAAAUGGAUCCACUCCACUACACGUUGCUAUAUACAGCAAUCACGAGGAGAUCAUUUUUCGUCUAAUCGAGAAAAGCAUACCUUAUGGUCGAAAAAUUUUAAAUGCUGAACAGAACAACAAGAUGACACCAUUGCAUUUAGCUGCCUGUACGGGAAAUAUCAACGUUGUAAAGAAGUUAGUUUCGCAUAAAGUUGACAUCGAUCCAAAAUGGGAGAAUGGAGCCACUCCUCUAGUGACAGCAGCAAAGUACGGCCACGCAAGAAUUGUGGUGUAUCUGCUAGAGUGUAAUGCGGAUUGGAAAAAAAAAACUAAAAAAGGCUAUACUGCAUUAUUGACUGCAGCAAAAUAUGGCAGAGCAGAUGUUGUCCAAUGCAUGGUCCAUCGAGUAAAUGCACGUGUCACUGACGACAAGGGCCGCAAUAUUUUUCACAUAUGUGCUGCUAGAGAUGAAAAAGAGGUUUUAAAAAAGUUCUUAUUGGAAAAAAAUGCUAGUAAAAGUCUAAAAGACAAAACACAGAAGACGCCGUUACACUUGGCUGUAAUUAGUGGACACGUCAAAGUCGUCAAAUCACUUCUAGAUUCUAACAUCAGAUUAGUUCAUGACUAUGAUGAGCAUGGAAAUACAGCUCUUCAUCUUGCUGCAUUAGAGCAACGCGCAAAUUGUGUGCAACAACUUCUUAAAGCUGGAGCUAAUUUCAGAGUCAGAAACAAUGAUAAACAAACACCUUUGGACUGCUGUGCUUUCAAAGGCCAAAUUAAAGGCGCCGAAAUAUUGUUGGAGUCUGGGGCACCUCUGUCACUGGAAAACAAUGAAAAAAAUCGUAAGACACCGCUUCAGUGGGCUUGCAAAGGUGGGCACGUGGAACUGGUCAAGCUAUUCAUGAGAAAAGGAGCUUUGGCUAUUGAUAAAGAUUCUAAAGGAAGAAAUGCGUUGGAUAUUGCUGCAGAUAACAGAAAAGGAGAUUGUGCGCUUGAAAUUAUUAAAGGCCGUGAUUGGAAGAAAGCGCUGAAAAAUGUCACGCGCAGAUCAUGUGAUGACGAGUCAAAAAAAUCUCGUGUUGUUGAUGAUACUCCAAUGAGAAAGUUGAUUCGAAAUUUGCCCGAGGUUGCUGAGGAGGUUUUUGAAAAAUGCUCUAGAUUUGAACCUGAUUCUAAGGAGAAUCAGAAAGAAAAGCAGCAUUUGUUCAAUUUUGAAUUUGUUGACGAUUUUUACCAUCGUGGAAACUGGAAUAAAUUAGAGGAUGAGGACAACGGAACGAACAUACCAAUUUUGCCGUUGAGAGAAGAAAAGAAAAACCAUUGCCUGGAAAUAAUUAUUGACUCUAAAAAUACUGAACUACUUCGGCAUCCUCUUAUACGAAGACUAGUUACAUAUAAAUGGGAAGAUGCAAAUUUGCGUUUCCUGUUCUGGACAAUUUUUUUAUUCUAUGCUGUAUUCAUGUUGACUUUCAACAUAUACAUGGCAACAACUCCACCACCUUUUUCCAUAAAUACAACAUCUACAUCUUACAAUGGUUCUUGUGUUCAAGUCAUUGAAGAGGCGCAAGAAGUUUGGGGUGCCGAAUGCAAUCUGAAACAUUCAGAAUGGCAGAGAUAUGUAGGAUAUGUCUCGAUAGCUUUUGCAACACUAAAUCUCCUGAAAGAGAUUGUGCAACUUUUACGUGAUGUAAAGAAUUACUUCAAGGAAGUCACAAAUUGGAUUGAGAUGACCCUGUUUAUUUCUUCAAUUGCAACAAUGGUGCCCUGGACAGAAUACACCAGAAAUACCGGAGUUCUAAUGGUAUGGCAAUGGCAAUUGGGAUCAGUUGCCAUAUUUUUAUCAUGGAUGGAAUUGCUAUUCUUCGUGGAAAGUAUUCCGAAAUUUGGAUUGGGAAUUUACGUGCUUAUGUUCGCAAAUAUUGUCAAAACUUUUCUUAAAUUCCUGAUUGUGUUGUCGGUUUUUGUCUUUGCGUUUGCAUUCACAUUCCAUGCACUCUUUCAAAAUCAGGUUGCCUUCAUGUAUUUGUGGAAUUCUAUUGUUAAAACAAUUGUUAUAAUGAUUGGUGAAAUUGAAUAUGACUCGAUGUUUAACUCUGAACAUACCAGCUCUGAAUACUCAGUUCAAGUUCAUUAUAACGAAAUCUCCUACUUCGUUUUUGUUGUAGCUUUGAUGACAAUGAGCAUAAUAGUAAUGAACAUGUUGGUUGGAUUGGCCGUUGAUGACAUCAAACAAGUUCAAAACAAAGCCGAAUUAAAGUCAAUAUCGCAGCAUGCUAAGUUAGUUCUCGAAACGGAAUAUUUGCUCCCUCGUUGGUUGAACAACUGGAAAAUGAUGUUGAGUAAAACGACUCUUAAGCAAAGUGACACAGACAAGCGGGAGAUAAAGAAAUACCAUUCAAGAAAGAAAGAUGACGGAAAGCGAAUUGAAGAGAAAGUACAAAAUGUCAAAGCUGACGUCCAAGCGUUGCGCAUGCGACUACAUGAUAUCAAUAAAAGAACUCAAAGCAUUGAAUCAAUGGUGAAAAUUAACAUGAAAUAUAAUGAAUUCGAUUACGAUGGUGACGACGAUGAUCUUGACGUUUAAAUGCGUUUACGUCCAGUAUGUUGCGUAUAAUAUAGACCAGCGUUUCUCAAACUUUUGUUGCCAUGGAUCAUCUAAGCUUUUUUAUCUCGCCUAACGGAACACCAAAAAUUAGACGGUGAAAUUGGUAGAUGGUUUCAAAAACUGGCACGAGGCCCGUCCGCCUGUUUAGAUAGCAAGGCCUCUUUUGUCUGUUAGGAGACAAAUUUCGAUCCAGAGUCGCCGAAGUACGACCGAGAUCGCCAUAACCAUAACAAAUUCAGUCCCAUUUUGGAUUGCAUUUCUGCGGAACACUCACGAAACAGCAGUGUUCCGCGGGACACAGUUGGAGAAACGCUGAUAUAGACAAUGGACCGCAAUAUAGUAGAAACGCUUUGCUAAGUAUAUAAAACUUGAUUUGAAACAAUAUAUUUUAGACAUAGUUUGCGUCUAUUGAUUAUCAUCUAUCAUGCAUGCGUGUACAAUAAGUAAAAAGAGGAAUACUUCUUUUCGUGAUUUCCAAUUUCUUUUAAUUACAUACAAAAAAUUAUUCGUACAGAAAUGUAUGUGAGAAAAUGGUUUAUCAAGUUUUGUAGAAGUUUUUCUCGUAAAAGUAAAUUAAUAAUACCUGUGUAUAUAAGAGCAUAAAUAUUUCCUCCUGACAAUCAAGAAAUUUACAAGAAUGAUCUGUUUUUGGAUAAAACUGUUUUUGACAUAUUUCUCUUACUGGGAGUAAAAGAAUUUAGUAAAUAACUACUAUGAUUUUCUUGUGUGUAUUUUAUUAUUUUACAAAGUCGUUUGAUUUUUGUGCCUAUUCUGAUGCUCGUGACAGCAAACACUUCCGUAUAUGUCUGUACGACAAAUGUUAAUAUAUAAAUAUCUAAUGUCUGUGUUUAUUAUUUUAUAUUUACUGGAUAAUCAUAAAAUCUCACACCUUCCCGCAUUUCAUUUUCUAAAAUCGAAAAAAGAAGGGCUUGUUUUAAAUCAAUUUAUUCCUGUAUUUUUUCAUGAGAUACACCUUCUAUCUCCGUGAAACUACGCCAAAACAUUACAUUCUGGCAGCUGCACACGCAGCCGGAAUUUUAAUUUCAAAAUUGUAAGUAAAAUUUCUUAU